CUAGCCUGGCCAAAGAAAUAAAAAAGCGAGAAGAAGCUGUCGCUGAAACGAUCGAGUGGCGGGUGUGGCGAACAGUGCGAAACGGCAAGGCAAAGUGCCAACAACGACGUUCUAAACUCGCGGACGUAUAAAAGCGUGAAUAUAAAAUUAGCGAAGCAACAAAAAAAAAAAAGUAAAAAAAAGGUGGGUAAAUAUUGUGACACCACAAUAGGUGUGGUAUGCCAUAAAUCGAAAUAAAACAUAAGGUCAAACGUUUGCAAAAGAACAGAAAUAGAAUUCUUGUUGGAGAAGUUGUUCUUGCAGCAGUGAACGGUGCGGUUGCUCAGCUGACACAUUCGUGAAUUUGUACGAUCAGUGCGAAACGUGUUGUAGUAGCAUAGCAGCACAGUGUAGAUACAUGUCUAAAGUGAAACGUGAUUGCAAGCGUAAGCGAGCGAAAAGUUAAAAAUUGUAAUAAAAAUAAGAUCAAAUUGUGCAUAUUCGAAAAUAAAAAAUAGAAAGAAUUUAAAUGAAGUAAAUUUAUUGUGGCUGUUAAAGUUGAAGGAGAUUUCGGAAUUUCGGGUUCGAGGCAAGCAAGUUAUUUUUCAACAUUUCCUUGCAGAGGCAGCAUACAAUAAUCAACUACAAACUUUUGACACCUAUAUAUGUACGUAUGCAAACUUAGCCGCGCGCCCACUUCCGUCCUUUUACAAACACUGAAGUUGAAAAGUACCUAGAGAUUGCAACUCAUAAACUUACAUACAUACAUACAUACAUACAUAGCUUCAUACGCACAGCGCACACAGUGAUGACCUGGUUUAGUGGCAUAACUGCGUCGUAUGUCAGUGACUUCCGGUGUAAACGGAAGUUUCACGGCUAUUUGUUUCUGGCAUGUGCUUUACUGUUGAUUGUGGUGCCAGUAAAUUCACGUCCGAAGGAGACGGAGAGCGAUGUUGUCGUACCUGUGGAAGAUGGACUACCACUAAGCGAGGAGUAUGGGGAUGCCGAUAACAUUGAGUUUCAUCAAGCUAAAAUGGUGAACGGCAUUUUGAAGGAGGAUCAUCCGGUUAUUAUGUAUAAAGAGGACUUUGUUAGCGAAGAUUUUGUACCCAAAAAGAACAACACUCAUCGCCAGCGUAAACAUAAAGAUCCAGCUCAUCGGCGACGUCGCAUUGGUGAUCACUUAAGCGCUGAGAAAUAUCAUCCCUUGGAACCGGAAAAAAUUUAUUUCGAUAUAUUAUCGCCAUCACCGCUCGUUACUUCUGAUGAAUCGAAAGCUGCAUCAUCGAAGUUGCACGUCGAAGUCAUCUCUUUGGCUGAUGCCGAUUCAAAAAUGGUGCAAAGCGAAGAUGAAGUGAAGCGUGUGCUCCAUAAGCGACCGAAAAAAUUCCAUCAUCGUCGUCAACGUCGUGAUGCGGACACAAUUUCGCAGACGGAACAUAUUCUGCGCAAACGCAAUCCAUACUAUAGCUUUAGAAAGGUGUCCACCAAUGCCAAUAGCAUAAGUGGACCAGCGCAUAUAGCCAAUUAUUACUUGCCAAGUUAUCCACCAGUUAAACGUUUUGAAAAACAUCCAGUUCCUGGCGAUUACUUUAACGGCCCUGUUAAUGUCAUUCAGUUUGCGUCAAGAUUUGGUGGACCCUCCAAUACUGACCGCGUAAUUUGGCGUGAUUAUACACCAACAAGAAAUCCAAAUCAACGUUUAAAUAUCACGAUUGGAGCGCCAGCACCGCUUUUUCCUAAGCGCACCUCGCCCUCACCAUUACCAGCAGUAACAGCAGGACCCCCUAGCCGAACAACUGCUCAACCAAGCUUCGCUAAUGAGGGAUCUGUUCAUCAUUCCGUAAUCACCGAUGCGCCCGCCCAAUAUCCCACAGCAGCUCCACCAAAACCACCAUCUUCCUCCUCAGCCUGCGUUUGGGCUAUCGCUAGCUGCUGCUCGCCAAACGAUCGGACUGUGCGGUAUAGUUGCUUCGAACGCUAUGGUUGUAAUUUAGUCUUUUUUGAUUUAAAUCCUUGCGCAGAUAAUAUUCGCGAUAAUAUCAUCGGAUAUUUGAAUCAACAAUUCGAAUAAAUUUCGAAGAGUAUUUAUUAGGCGUAUGGGAGUUUUAAUUUACACAAAAAGCAUUUAUUAACCAUAGUUUUUAUUUAGUUUGUAGGCUUAAGCUAUUUUUAAAGAGUUGAUUACUUUUUGUUUUAAUUUAUAAUACUUUUUGUGCACCUUUUUUAUUUAAUGUAUUUAGGUUUUAGUUUAUGAAUAUAAUGAAUGAUUUUUUUUAAAGAUGUUAUUCUAACUGCCUUAAACGAUAUUAGAUAAGUGUGCUUUAAAAUUUUAAGUGAGAUAAUUACUCGACGACUUCAGCCUAAACUGAAGUGUUAAAUUUUAAGAAAAAAAAACGAAUAAAACUUGUAAAUCUUCUUAGUGUAACAAC